AAGGACAGUUUGAGUUAUUUGAAAAUAGUUCAUGAUAUCUUAGAGAAAGGUAUUCGUUUCAAAGAAUAUGUAUGGCCUGAAUUAGACAUUCUAAUGGAUGAUACAAAAUCUGAACAUUUAAAGGUUGUAGUUGGUGCCUUGAUAGAAGAAUGUGAAAAUCCACCUCCUCCUGUUGCAGUAUGUCUUUAUGAUGCAUGUCAGUUCAAUCAACCUAUCUAUUAUUCAGAUCCUGGCUUCAAAGGAUUUUUUUCUGUGUUUUGCUCUGAACACUGUUCUCUUCAUUAUCAUCCACAGUGUUGGAAAGAACUGAAAAAUUCCAAAGGACUGUCUGAAAAGGAGUUCUUGGCACAGCCAUGUUUUACUCCUGAUUGUGAAGGGGUAAUAUUUAAAGUUACAAGUACUACGAAGGAGGGCAUUAUUGGCAAAACAUUUCAGUUGCCAGAGUCAAAGAAAGAAACAAAACAAAAAAAGUCUAAAUUAGAGAGAAAAUUGGAAGAGAGGGAUAAUCGAAAGCGAAAACGUCGAGAUAGCAAGUGUGAUUCUAUUUCUGAUGUGACAAGUGAAGUAGCUAGUGACAAUGCCUCUCCUGUACCUCCAAUGAAAAAAGAAGGAAGUAAAUGUACUAAUGAAAUCAAGCAGAAUGAGACUACAGUUGCUUCAAAUCCCGAGCCUAAGCUCUUUUCAGAAGCUGAAACUCCAUCUACUUCAAAACUCUCAGUUGAUGCCCAACCAUUCUAUAUACUUAAAAAACCUGCUAUAGAUGAAAAUAGUCACAGAACUCCUUCAAAAGUUAAAGAACCAAAGAAGUUUAAAAGCAGUACAUUAAGUAUUGAUGACUUUUAUGAAAAUGUCAGUUAUAAUUUCGAGAAGAGAACUAGCUUUCCACAAAAAUGUUCUCAGCUUUUUUUUCCAAGUCGAUGGUCAGAUGGUAAUAUUAAUGAAGGAAAUGAAAUUAAUACUUCCGACCUGCUUGGUUCACAUGGUGGUCCUACUGAAUUGGAAAGUAUCAAGAGUAAUGUAUACUCAUAUUUGGAAGAACUUUUAACUUUAAGAGGACCUCUUCGAAUUGAUGAUCCUAUUUUAGUAGAUGAACUGAAAAAUUUUCCUACAGAGGCAAACAUAAUGAUAGCUGAUUGUGGUGGCAUUGGAGAAUUUCUGAAAAAUAACAUACGCUUUGCAUAUGUUGGGAAUACAUAUGUAUGUGUUGCUGCAGAUGUUGUAGCAGCAUACAAUAAAUGCCGAAAUUCUUUAAGUUUUAAUGAUGAAACCUUUUAUAGUUCAAACAUUAUUGAGACUUUUGAAGAAGAUGAAAACAAAUCUGUUACCUCUGGAAGUUCUUACCUCAAUCCAGAUGCAAAGGAAUACAGCCCUGUUUCAUCAAAACUUUCUGAUUUGCCACCAACUGAAAAUGUUCAAAGAAGUCAAAGUUAUACUGUUAAUUCAGGUGUAGACAAUUCUAGACGUAAUUCAGAAUCCCUUCUAUCUGUUGUAUCAAAACUGAGAAAACGUAUUGUUGUAGAUGAUAAACUCACAAGUUUUGGAAGCACUAGUUCCAUUAAUAAUGAUGAACUGUUACAAAUCAGAAAAUUAAGCAACAGUGUUCAGUCUAUCCCAUCAAAUUUCAUUUCCAGUGCAGAAAGCAACAGUGCUGAAAAUAGUUCUGUGGAAAAUAAGUUAGAUAUUAAUAUACCACAGUUUAUAAAAAUGUUACAGAAUUAUUCUAGUGAUGAAAUGAGAAAACAUCAUUUAGAUAUUGAAUCUGCAAUCAAACCAUAUUCCAUUGUCAUUUUACCAAAGACAUGUAACAGAAUCAUCCAGACAGAGGAUUGUGAGGCAGAAAAAUUAUCAAGGGGUGUUCAAAAAAGUGAUGAAGAAUUUGAGAGGAUAAAAGAGGUUGCUAUGAUAUUAGCUGAUGAUAAGCAUAUGCUUAGGGAACAAAAUGCUCAGUUGCAAAAACAGUUAGAUGUAGCCUUGGAUUCAGCUACUAAAUCUCAGAAGAAAUCUAGUGUAGAGAUAAUUAACUUAAAGGCAACACUGGAAGAAGUUUUUUCAGAACUUGAAGCUGAAAAGAAAACUAAUAAAAAUAAAGAGCUCAAAUGGGAAAAAGAAUUAAAACAUCUUCAAGAUUCUCUUAAUAAAGCAAACGAGAAAAUUGAUGAACAGAAAAAGGAAAAUGAAACUUUGAAUAUGAACCUUGAGAGUAUGAGGAUACAUGUGGAAGAUUUAAAUGAUAAAUUGAAAGAAGCAAGGGCAAAUAUAGAACAUUUAGAAGAUAAAUUGUGUGAAAACGAAUUAGCAAGAACAUCUUCUGAACUGCAAAGAAAAUUAUACAUGGAAACUAUUGAAAAUCUAGAGCAAAAAAUUCAUGAAAUGACUGAAAGAGCAAAAACUGCAGAACAUCAAGUUUUGAAACUGAAGAAAAGUGAAUUUUUGAAAAGGAUUGAUCAAAAAAUUUCUGAAGCUGGUGAAAGAAUGAAAGAAUUACAAGGAGGAAUACCCCUUAUUUCUCCAGCUUUAAAUCCAAUUAUUGUCAAAAAUAUGGAAACUCUUUUAACACAGAUACGUAGCUACAUCAACAAGCUAGGAGAAAUUCGUCAUGUGUUUAUGAGAAGCAUCGAUCAUCAGAUCCAAAGAGUAACAUCUGGCAUUCCGUUAAAAGAUUUGCCUCCCUUAGAAGUGGCAGAAUUACCUGAAAUUCCUAAAUGGAGCCAGGCAAAUGCUCAAACAAUGAACUUCCUGCCUCAACAGAUACCUUCAAUAGUAGUUCCACCUGCUAAUUCAGAAAUCAAAAUUCCUUCACUUCCAUUAGCUGCAGCAGCCACAACAGAAACUUCUGCCCCAUAUUUAAAUAGUAAAACAUCAGUUUCAUCAUUUCAACCUGCAGUUCAGAGUGGACUAUUAAAUCCAUUACUUCAGUCUUCAGUCCAGCCUGGAACAUUAAAUCCAUCACUUCAAUCUGCAGUCCAAAGUGGAACUUUAUUUAAAGAUAUGAUUACAAAGCCUGCUCCCACAUCUAGUUUGAAAAAACUAUCAUCUGAUGUACAGGAAAAAGAAAAAACAGUUUUAUCUUUGAAUAAUCCAAAAAUACCUCAACCAUCUUCAUCUGCCACAAAAGUAGAUAAUUUCUCUUCAAAUGUUUCUGAAGUUGAAGUGAAAGGUGCUAGUAACAGAAUGACCUCACCAGACUUAGAAUUAGGAUAUAAAGUUGCUGAAAAUGGAAUUGAAAAACCAACUCCAGUCUAUAAUACAGCUGAUAUUCAGAAAAAACCAGCUGUGUCAGAAAGUAAAAAUAGUUAUGAAAAACUCUUAUCUAAACUUCAGAUAAAAUACCCUAAUUAUUCUCAGGCACAUUUGGUGUCAUUUGUCAAAGAUUAUAGGUCACAGAGAAAGGGAAAACUGUCGGGUUUAACACUAGAGACUAUAAUUAAUGAAGUCAGUGAAUUUAUUGAAUCACAAGGAAAAGCAGAGUGCAGUGUAUCUGAAGCUGCUAAGAAAAGUCGAUUACUCCAGAACAGAGUACUGGUCAAUAAAAAGAUUGCCUGUGAUGAGCCUGUUGUUGUAGAAAAUGCCCCAGCUCCAAAGAAAGCUGCUUGGAAUGUUAGAAAUGAUUCAAAUAAGAACUGGUCUGGAAGUAGUAUUGAAGAUUGUGUUAUCUGUUGUGAAGAAAUGAAUUUUUCAACUGCAUAUAAAGCUGAUUGUGGGCAUCGAUUUCAUUUAACAUGUAUACGUGAGUGGCUUAAUAAGAAGAGUGACUGUCCCAUUUGCCGUGUUUAUUUGCUACUGCCAGAAGAUUACCCAGCUCUUUCUUAAAUAUUUUUAUUUUGUUAAUUAAAAUUAUAUAUUUGUAAUAAAAUAUAAAAAUAAAAGGUUGUACAUUUCA